AUGGAGUGGUGGCGGAGGAUGGUACAGAAGAAGGCACGCGUCUCUGUUACUGCGAACGAGAGUUCGAAAAAGGAAGGAAACAAUCCAAGCAUGUUUGAAAAGUUCAAAGAAGCGAUGACAAAGGAGUUCGAAAUGACAGAUAUUGGGCUCAUGGCAUUCUACCUUGGCAUUGAAGUCAAGCAAAUGGAAGAUGGGAUCUUCAUCUCACAAGAAGGUUAUGCAAGGGAGAUAUUGAAGAAAUUCAAGAUGGAGAAUAGUCAAUCUAUAAAAACUCCUGUAGAAUGUGGAGUCAAGCUAUCACAGUUUGAUGAGGGAAAAAGAAUUGAUCCAAUAUUUUUCAAGAGUUUGGUUGGAAGUUUGCGCUACUUAACAUGCACAAGACCUGAUAUUCUUUAUGCUGUUGGACUUGUCAGUCGCUACAUGGAGACUCCGACUGUUACCCACCUGAAGACUGCUAAAAGAAUUAUGCGCUAUAUCAAAGGUACAAUUGAUUUUGGCUUAUUUUACUCAUCAUCCAACAAUUUCAAGCUUGUAGGAUAUAGCGACAGUGAUUGGGCUGGAGAUAUGGAUGAUAUAAAGAGCACUACAGGGUUCGUGUUCUUCAUAGGAGACACUGCUUUCACUUGGAUGUCAAAGAAACAACCAAUUGUCACUCUUUCUACUUGCGAAGCAGAGUACGUGGCUGCAACCUCAUGUGUUUGUCAUGCAAUUUGGCUUCGAAACUUAUUAAAGGAGAUAAGUUUACCACAAGAAGAGGCGAUUAAGAUUUGUAUUGAUAACAAGUCUGCAAUCGCGCUAGCAAAGAAUCCUGUUUUCCACGAUAGAAGCAAGCACAUUGAUAUGCGUUAUCACUACAUCAGAGAAUGCAUCGAAAGAAGAGAGAUACAAGUUCAGUACGUGAAGUCUCAAGACCAAGUUGCAGAUAUUUUUACCAAGCCACUGAAGAUUGAAGACUUUAUUAAAAUGAGAAGUCGGAGGCAGAAGGAAUCGGCGACGGGUUGCGAAGGGAGUUGGCUUGCAGGCUCGACAACAUCCACGAGGCCUUUGAUUGCGGAGAACGAUCGUGAUAUAGGAAGUUCGCGCGAAGGAAGUUCGGGACAUUUCAGGAGUUGCGAGAACAAAGGAUUCGCGCGCGACGCAGCGAAUCGCGACAUUCAGGGACGUAUUCGGCCUCGCCCAGGGUUCUGUGAGCAUCGAGUAACAGGCAGAUCAUUGGGCUGA